GCAGCAGCAGCAGCAGAAGAAGAAGCGUUACAGUUGCUCUCAACCAAUCGGAACUGAGUGAGGUUGGAUGGGAUGGACAGUAAGGGACGGUCUGGGAUGGACAGUACCAGUAAGGGGCGGUCUCUGCCCUCGAUGCCAGAGGCCCUCAACCCAGUCAGCAUGAAUCAGCUGUCUGAACCCCUGGGGGGGAGGAUGGGUCGGGGUGGGGGUGAUCUGGGGGCGGACCCGGCCCUGCUGAUGGACAAGGCAGCUGCCCAGUUGGCCGUGACACUCCAGGACAGUGUUCUAAACAACAUGGCUGCCCAUGGUCAUAACCAUAACAACCACAGGCAUGAGAGGCUGAAGGACCUGACGUCCCUCAUGCUGAACGGCGACCAAGACAAGCUGCCCAAGCUGUGCCACCCUGAGCCCCCCACCCUGAAGGGUGCUGAGCCCCCCUCCCACCCCAGCCCCCAGAGGAAGGCCACCUCCCCCGAGAUUAAACUGAAGAUCACCAAGAUGGUGUCCAAGGGGAAACCGCCACACUUCGAGCCGUGCUGUGGAGAGGGGCCCAACCUGCCUGCGGAUACUGAGGGCCUCGUGGCUCUUGCCAGCAAGGAGGGGAGGAGAAAGAGAAGACCCAUUAAACUCAAACACAGCUCUGCCUCUAACCCUGUUCCUGUGGAGGUGUCUGCUGCCAGUCAGCCAGAGGAGGGCACUGCUGCCCCACAACAGAUCCAGCAGGCCAGUACUCUGGUGGAGGAUGAGGAGAGCCUGGAGGAGGAUGAGGAGAGCCUGGAGGAGGAGGAGGAGAGCCUGGAGGAGCAGUCUACCCCUGUCCAUGCAGGGUUCUCCGUGGGUGAUGUGGUGUGGACCAAGGUGCCAGGUUAUCCCUGGUGGCCCUGCAUGGUGUCCACUGAUCCAGAACUCAACACACACCUCAAACACAAAGCAAUUAACAGCCGGACAGCUGGAGUCAUGUACCACGUCCAGUAUUUUGGAGACACCCUGGAGAGAGGCUACAUCUUUGAGAAGAACAUGGUGUCAUUCAGGGGGGAGGAGCAAUAUGUCGAGCUCUGCCAUGGCGACAAACAACCUGCCUCCCGGGUCGUCCACAGGAAGAGUACCACUCCGUCCGUUCCUCGUAAGCUCCAUGCCCAGUGGGUGGUGGGCAUCACUCAGGCCAAGGAGGCUGCCAGCCUGGCCCUGGAGGAACGCCUGGUCAAGUACACCUUUACCCACGAUAGUGGCGGACCACACCUCAACCCCAACAUGCUGGCUAAGCUUUGCCCUGCUGAGCCUGGCCAAUAUCCUGUACCAUCCAGGCGGAGCCCCAUGCCCCCCAGCCCUGCCAGCCCCCAGGCAGACAGCAGCACUUCCCUGGGGAAGAAGAGAGGAGGCCCCAGAAAAACAGAUGGGAAACAGAAGCAGACUACUUUUACACAGAAAAAGAAAGCUAACAUGGUGGUCUCCCCUAAAGGACCAACACAGAUGCUGUUUCAGGAUGGCCUCUCCACCACCUCAGAGACUGAACUACUUGAAUCUCAGAGCCAGAAGAGGUCCACACUGAGAACUGAGAGGAAGAGAUCCAAAGUGGUUAUUGUGACUACAGACAUUCCAGAAACCCCGUCACCUGCACCCACAGCGAUAGGUAGGAAGGAACGUCAGAAGCAGCAGCCUGGUCAACAGCCCGGUAAACGAGCUCUAAAGGAGACCGAGGAGAAGGACCAACAGCCCGGCAAACGAGCUCUAAAGGAGACCGAGGAGAAGGACCAACAGCCCGGCAAACAAGCUCUAAAGGAGACCGAGGAGAAGGACCAACAGCCCGGCAAACAAGCUCUAAAGGAGACCGAGGAGAAGGACCAACAGCCCGGCAAACGAGCUCUAAAGGAGACCGAGGAGAAGGACCAACAGCCCGGCAAACGAGCUCUAAAGGAGACCGAGGAGAAGGACCAACAGCCCGGCAAACGAGCUCUAAAGGAGACUGAGGAGAAGGACCAACAGCCUGGUAAACGAGCUCUAAAGGAGACCGAGGAGAAGGACCAACAACCCAAAAAGAAACCUAGAGUAGGUGACAAACAGAAGGCUGUGGCAGCAGAGUCCUCCGCCCCCACGAAGAAGAGAAACAGAAAGAAAACGGAGACACACGUUAAAGGAUUCACUAGGUCUAAAUCACCAGAGAAGAUUAAGCCAAUCAGGAAGAGGCAGGACUUGGCCAUCCAAUCAGCAGCUUCCCAGGCCAAGAAGAGGAAGCGAGCAGCAGCCAGUCCUGAGCCAGAGGGCUCUGGCGGUGAGGAGCGUCCAGAGUCCCCCAGUGACAGCAUAGACCAGGCCAGCGGGGCCAAGAAGGCAAACGGAGGAGGCCCCAAGAAGGAAUCUGUCUGUCAGGUGUGUGAGCAGGCUGGAGAGGACGUGGUGCCAUGUGAGGGUCAGUGCUGUGGGUCCUUUCACCUCUCCUGUCUAGGAUCCACCCUGAAACCACAGGACAAGCUUCUCUGUCCAGACUGCACCUCAGGGGUGCACCAGUGUUUCAGCUGUAAGCUGUCGGAGGGGGAGGUGCAUCGCUGUAACGUGCUGCACUGUGGGAUGUUCUACCAUGACGCCUGCGUCCGCAACAAUACCCUCACUGUGUUUGACAACAAGGGCUUCCACUGCCCGCUUCACACCUGCAUCAGCUGCCACUCCAAACCCAAGGCUACCAAGGGUAAGCUGAUGCGUUGCCUGCGCUGCCCGGUGGCGUACCAUACAGGAGAGGUGUGUGUUGCGGCUGGCAGUGAGAUGUUGACCCCCACCACCAUCAUCUGCACCAACCAUUUCUCACCCAAGAAGGGCUACAGCCACCACUCGCAUGUCAACGUCAGCUGGUGCUUCGUCUGCUCCAAAGGUGGCCAGCUCCUGUGCUGUGAGUCGUGUCCAGCAGCGUUCCAUCCAGACUGUCUGAACAUCGCCAUGCCGGAUGGCAGCUGGUUCUGUAACGACUGCCGGGCCGGAAAGAAACCCAAAUAUAGAGACAUCAUCUGGGUCAAACUGGGCAACUACAGGUGGUGGCCUGCAGAGAUCCAGCACCCCCGGAACAUCCCCACCAACAUCCAGCACCUUCGCCACAAAAUCGGAGAGUUCCCAGUCUUUUUCUUUGGUUCUAAGGACUACUUCUGGACGCACCAGGGUCGAGUUUUCCCCUACAUGGAGGGAGACAGGGGCAGCAGGGUCCAGAAGACUGGGAUAGGGAAGGUCUUCAAGAACGCGCUUUUGGAGGCAGAGAAUCGCUUCAAGGAGAUCAAGAUGGAACGGGAGGCCAAGGAGACGCAGGAGAACAACAGGAAACCACCUCCGUACAAAUACAUCAAGAUCAACAAGCCCUGUGGCCGGGUGCAAGUCUACACAGCCGACGUAUCAGAGAUCCCCAAGUGUAACUGUAAGCCCACGGAUGAGAAGCCGUGUGGGUUUGAGUCAGAAUGCCUGAACAGGAUGUUGAUGUACGAGUGCCACCCUCAGGUCUGUCCCAAUGCAGAGCGAUGCUGCAACCAGGACUUCACCAAGAGACACUACCCAGAGACUAAGAUCAUCAAGACUGCUGGCAAGGGCUGGGGUCUGGUGGCACUACGGGAUAUUAAGAAGGGUGAGUUUGUGAAUGAGUACAUCGGAGAGCUGAUCGAUGAAGAGGAAUGUCGCUCCAGGAUCAAGUACUACCAGGAGAAUGACAUCACUCACUUCUACAUGCUCACCAUCGACAAGGACCGGAUUAUAGACGCUGGCCCCAAAGGAAACUACUCCCGCUUCAUGAACCACAGCUGCCAGCCCAACUGUGACACGCAGAAGUGGACGGUGAACGGAGACACGAGAGUCGGGCUGUUCGCUGUCUGUGACAUCCCUGCUGGGACAGAGCUCACCUUCAACUACAACCUGGAUUGCCUUGGUAAUGAAAAGACGGCGUGUCGCUGUGGAGCUUCCAACUGUAGCGGUUUCCUUGGAGAUCGGCCCAAGACGUCUGGUUUCCAGGCCGCGGAGCCCAAGGGGAAGAAAGCCAAGAAGAAAGUGAAGAAGCGUCGGGCGCGUAACGAGGGGAAGGAGUCUGAGGACGAGUGUUUCCGCUGUGGAGACGGAGGUCAGCUGGUUCUGUGUGACAGGAAGAGCUGCACCAAGGCCUUCCACCUCUCCUGCCUGGACCGCACCAAGAGACCCUUCGGGCGCUGGGACUGCCCGUGGCACCACUGUGACGUGUGUGGGAAGCCAUCUGAGGCCUUCUGCCAGCUGUGCCCCAACUCAUUCUGCAAGAACCACCAGGAGGGGGCACUACGGCUCUUGCCCCCCAAGGGACAGCUCUGCUGCCAAGAGCACGACCACCUCUAACACAACACCCAGAGUGGACUGAGGCCUAGGCUGACCCGGACCCCGACACACCCCCUCGGACCCCCUAAAGUCUUCAGGAGAGGCCAUGACCACAGUCUGGGAGACGCUGACCUGCAGCAGAACUGGGCCCAACUCCAUAAUGUCUUCAAGAUGACAGACGGACAGAAAUCCCUUUAUCAAUGUAUGUUGUCUCUCUCCUCAUCAGGGAUCUGCUGUACUAAUCUACAACUCGAACCAACCAGGUCCUUUUACACUCAGAUAGCCAGCUAAUCAGGUCCUUCCACCUGUUAGUUGUUUGUCUGUAACUCAUCUGCACUGAGAGAACUAAACACACAAGACAGUCAGAGUACAGUACACGUCCCAGUUAGUCAGCAGAGUACAGUACACGUCCCAGUUAGUCAGCAGAGUACAGUACACGUCCCAGUUAGUCAGCAGAGUACAGUA